GCAAGACGCAGAACAUCACCAUCACGGCGCAUGGCGGUCUGAGCAAGGAUCAGAUUGAGCGCAUGAUCCGCGAUUCUGAGGCGCACGCGGAGUCGGACCGCCUGAAGCGCGAGCUGGUGGAGGUGCGCAACAACGCCGAGACGCAAGCGAACACGGCGGAGCGCCAGCUGACGGAGUGGAAGUACGUGAGUGACGCCGAGAAGGAGAACGUGCGCACGCUGCUGGCGGAGCUCCGCAAGGUGAUGGGGAACCCCAACGUGACGAAGGACGAGCUCUCGGCAGAAACAGACAAGCUGCAGAAGGCGGUUAUGGAGUGCGGCCGCACGGAAUAUCAGCAGGCUGCGGCGGCUAACAGCAGCGGCUCCAGCAGUGGCACAGACGGCAAUCAGGGUGAGCAGCAACAACAACAACAGGGUGACCAGCAGAAGUAG